AUGCUAUCCCGAUUGCUCUCUGAAAAGAACAAAUGUAUAUUUGAUUAUCUGAAAUCGUGGAGAGAAGAGGAGAACGAAAACGAGUGCCAGAAUGGGGCGUUGGUGGAGAAUUUGCAAAAAUUGAUCAACGUAAUUGGAUCAGUGUCAAUCUCCAUUUUCGUCUCGGAAUUGCCAAAAGAUAAAAAACGCGCUUUAAAUCUGAAAUUGCACGAGUUGAAGGAGGCGGUCGGUGGAAAAGACGAGCAACUGGAUGAGUUUUUGCGAUGUGUUGAACAACGAAUUUCGAUGACGAAAAUUGGCGAGAAAGAAGGAAUAAUAUGGAUAGGCCUGAUUCCGAUGAUUCGACAGCGAAUAAUGCAGAAAGAGUCAGGAAUUGGGGCAGAAGCUCGACAGCCAUCAAUGGAUGAUCAUGGACUUGAUUCGAACAGGACAAGUUCAAAGGCGCAUAGCGGGAUUCAAUCUAGUGGUCCUGAAUGGACGAUGGUUGAUUACAGUGGAACGAAGGAGCAGCGAAAAAUAGUUGAGAAAGACAUCAAACCGGACGAGUGUAUUGCGAAAUUCCCGAAAAAAACUAAAGAGAACCAUCAGGCGCCUAGCGGGGUUCCCUUGAGUGGUCCUGAAGAGACGUUGGAUGAAUGCAGUGCAAUGAAGGAGAAUCGAAGAAUAGUUGAGGAAUUCAAAAAAUUAUUGGAAAAAGAGCCCGAAUUGAUCACUUUUGACAUCAAACCGGAGGAAUGUGUUGGGGAAUUCUCGAAAAAAACUGAGGAGGACAACAAGGAGUUCAAAAAAAUUUUGGAGCAUGCAAAAACGUCGGCGAUGGCGGCUGAUAAGCAAAUUUCGGAGAUGACCGAGAAAUUCACAGAAUUGAGGAAAAAACAAAAUGAAGAGAGCCGCGAGACGUUGGCGAAAAUCGAUGAACAAAUUGAAGAAAAUCGGCGGCAAUUUGAAAAAAUGGCUCAAAAUGCCGAAGAAGCGCAUCGCGAAGCCAUUGAAAGAUUGUUGAGAGAACGAGAAGAAUCUUGGAGAAAAUUCGAAGCGCGACGCGACGAGAAUUCGAGACGAAUGCGUGAAACCAUUGAAUUGAUUGAGCUGGUUUUUCGGAAAAAAAUUGAAAUCCAAAGUCGAAUCCAAUUCUGGCGUGAUUACGUCGAAUUGUUGAGAGAAGAAUUGAAAAACGUUGAAUAUUGCGCGAAGAUUUGGUUUCAAAUUGUCGCGCUACUUCAGACGAAUUACAGCGAGAGGAUGCAAAGGGUGGGAUUAUUUGAAGCUGGGAAGCUUCUGCAAAAUGUUGAAAAAGCGCAUUUGGCAAUGUGCGACGAAUACGAAAAGCUGGAAAUUCUUCAGAGCCAGAAUCCGGAGAAUUCAAUGUUGGCCAUUCUAAUGGAUUCGAUUCAUCAAAUUGCUUCCAAAUGCUACCAAGUCGAAGGGGAGAUCGAAAAAUUCAUGAAACUUGAAAAUGCUCACAAGGAGGAAUUGGCGAGGAUGCAGUCGGAAUUUGUUAAAAAGAAUGCUAAAAUUGAAGAGCUUAAUGCUAAACUGAGAUCAGAGGCAACUGCAGAAGAGAAGGCGCGAAUUUUGAAGAAGAUUGAAGAAACUAACGAAAAUAUCAAAAAAAUGAAAAACAAUUUUGAACAGGAACAGCUUCGAAUUCACGAAGAAGCGAAAAAACGGAUCGAAAAAGAGCAUUUGGCGAAGGAAGAGCUGAUUAAAAAAUUGGAGCAGCAGAUGACGAAGACGGCGGCGCUUCAAAAAGCUGAAAUCGAAAGGUUGAAGGAUGAAAGCAAUCAGUUGAAGAUGAUGACGGCCGAUGAGGCCGAACGAUAUCAGCAAAGAAUUGCCAAGAUUGAGGCCGAUGGGAAUCAAAAGUUGGAGGCGAUCAAGAAGCAAAUAAUUGAAGUGGAGGAGAAAUUUGCGACAAUUAAAAACGGGAUCCAGGAGAAAAUUCGUGAGAACAUUUUGAUGAGUGAGGAGAAAUUGAAUGAGCUCAACAAGCAACGAGAGGCGUUUAUGUUGAAUAUUGAGAAUAAGAAGAAUGCUCUGCAACAACAUGCCGUUCUCCAAAAUACUGAAAUAAUUAACGCUAUCAAUGAGAGGGACUCGAAUCGUUCGAUCAAUGAUGAAAUUGACAUUUUGAAGCAGACGUCGAACACUUUGCACAUGGUUUUCAUGCGAAAUCUGGCAAUGCUGGAAACGAACGUCAAAAUGAUUGCAAACGGUCAGACAACAGAAUUGAGGUGCAAUACAGCGCAAUUUCGUGAUUUUCUGGAGGAAAUCGGAACAACCAAUAACAGAAUUGUUGAGAACUCAAAAUAUCAGGAAUACUAUCGCGGUAUCCAACAGCCCCAAGAAGCCGCGAGCACGAGCCUCACCAAUAUUGAGAUGUGCGACAAAGAAACAAUAGCCACCAAAUUUGGCGUUUUCAAGUGCUCGAUUAGCCAACUCGUUAAGCUUAUUGCAGAGGCGCCGCGUGAAGAAACCAAUCAAGUGACGAAGGCUUUGAGCAGCGCUAUUGGGAAAUCAAUUGAGAAAGCCUCAACAUCGAAUCUCGCGAUUCAAAAUCGCAAUGACAUCGAAUCUGACAAUUCAGACAAUAAUGACGUGCAAAAAAAGUCAGAAAAAAAAUGA